AUGAACAGCCAAAAAGUCGGCAUUCUUGGAGGUGGCCAACUUGGCCGUAUGAUGGUCGAAGCUGCCUCGCGAUUGAAUUUAUCGGUGACCAUUCUCGAUGCCCCCACUGACGCGCCUGCCAAACAAAUCGAGUCGACGCAAGACCACAUUCACGGUGCCUUCAAGGACGCUGCCAAGAUUCGCGAACUUGCUAGCAAGGUGGAUGUCUUGACUGUUGAAAUUGAGCAUGUGGAUGCCGACGUGUUGGGUGAAAUUGAGGCUGAGGGUAAAGUCAAAGUACAUCCUUCUGCCAAGACGGUCAAGACGAUCCAGGACAAGUAUGCACAAAAGCAACAUUUGAUUGCCCACGGUAUUCCUGUGGCCGAGUCUUUGGAUACACCUGACGAGAAUGCCGUGUUGGCUGCUGGCAAGCAGUUUGGUUAUCCAUUCAUGCUCAAGGCCAAGACCAUGGCCUAUGACGGUAAAGGCAACUAUGUCGUGAAAUCCGAGGCUGACAUUAAGCCUGCUAUGCAAGCAUUGAACAACCUGCCUCUGUAUGCUGAAAAAUGGGCACCUUUUGUCAAGGAGCUGGCGGUGAUGGUUGUGCGUCGUGCCAAUGGUGAGGUCCGUGCGUACCCCAUGGUCGAAACAAUCCACAAAAACAGCAUUUGUCACCUGGUGAUUGCACCUGCUCAGGCUGAUGGUGCGGUGCUCAACAAGGCUCAAGAGAUUGCCAUGAAUGCCAUCAAAUCGUUCCCUGGCGCCGGUAUCUUUGGUGUUGAAAUGUUCUUGAUGCAAGAUGGCACAAUUGUGUUGAACGAAAUUGCUCCACGACCCCACAACUCGGGCCACUACACCAUCGAGGCCUGUGACACUUCACAAUUCGAAAACCACAUGCGCGCCAUUUUGGAUAUGCCUUUGGGAUCCACAGCCAUGAAGGUGCCCGCUUCUAUCAUGGUCAAUAUCCUUGGUUCCUCAUCGGAUAUGGUUGAAUGCUACAAGCCUUGUCACGAAGCUUCGUUGGCUGACGGUGCCACAAUCCACCUGUACGGUAAAAAGGAAUGCAGAGCUGGACGCAAGAUGGGUCAUAUCACUGUUGUAGGUGAAUCCAUGAUGCAGGCACAAGAACGCUUGAAGCCCAUUCUGAAGGCCAUGGAGCCCGAUGUCCAACGCAACUUGUCGCUCCGUCCUCUCGUCGGCAUUAUCAUGGGCUCGGAUUCAGACUUGCCUGUCAUGAAGGUUGGUGCCAAGAUUUUGAAGGACUUUGGUAUUCCAUUUGAGUUGUCUAUUGUCUCUGCCCACCGUACACCUAUGCGUAUGGUUGAGUAUGCUCAGUCGGCUGCCAAGCGUGGCUUGAAGGCUAUCAUUGCUGGUGCUGGUGGCGCUGCACAUCUUCCUGGUAUGGUGGCCGCCAUGACAUCGUUGCCAGUUAUCGGUGUGCCCGUCAAGGGUAGCUCGCUCGAUGGCGUCGAUUCUUUACACAGCAUUGUCCAAAUGCCUCGCGGCGUUCCUGUGGCAACAGUUGCCAUCAACAACAGCACCAAUGCAGCUCUCCUUGCCAUCCGCAUGCUUGGUGCAUUUAUUCCCGGUGUCCUCGAAAAGAUGGAUGCUUAUAUGAAGAAGAUGGAGACUGAAGUACUCGGCAAGGUCGAGCGCUUGGAUUCUGUGGGCUGGGAAGAGUAUUGA